AUGGCCGAGGAUGACCUCAAGUUCGUCUUCCACGCGGGCACAGACGAGAUCGGGGAGGGUGUUGGCAUAAGUGCCAAAGAACGUCGCUCACAUGCUGCGCGCAUUGGUCGCCGUAACGCUGUACAGGCAGCGAGCAAGACCGCGAAGACGAACCAUUCUUCAAAUCGUCCCGUUCCACAUCCCGUUCCUCGAAAACAAGCUCUUUACAGGCUAGACUUACGACAGCAGACUAACCGUCCAAAUGACCCCGAGUCUUCAUCCGAUGAAGAAAGACAGCUUUCGCCUCCUCCACCGCUGGUGCUCAAUGGCAACUCCGACCCAUUUGCCAUGCUACCCAUCGUCAUCACACCACUUGUGAACCAGUGCUUGACAUUCAUGCGGGAGGCGCUGUACCCAAGUAUAUACUACAACACCUUCUUCCGUCGCCUCUACGGUACCUCCCACGGGCCGAUCAACGUCCUCCAAGAUAGCACUUGGCUACCCGCGCAGACGGCUCGACAAGAUUGGGGUACGGCAGCGAGCAGCUUGACUUCCGAAGGGCAGGCCAUGGCCUGCAUUGCUAGUUUCCUAAGCAAUAUGGGCCCCCUAAUGCCCGAGGGAAACCGACUCAAAAUCAGCCGUGAGGCUCUCAUCUAUACCACCAAGAGCUCGCAGUUGUUACGAAAGUCCCUCGAUGAGUUGCCCAGCAUUGACGGCCAAAGUGUCCUGCUUCGAGAACCAAGCCUCAUUAGCCACGUCUUCUGGUUGUUCCGCGCGGCUGUCUUCUCGGAGAAUAAAACCUCAGUAUCAGUUCACGGCAAGGUCUUAGCUCGAAGCAUCAUGCAAGGCUUCAAUGACGGGGUUGUCGACCACUUGAUGAUUAUACAAGCUAUCAAUGCCGAUUGUGAUGACGCCACCAAGUUUAUGCGGCCAACCUACUUCGAUCCAGACUGGUACAAAACGAUUGUCCAGCCAAUAUGGGCCACGGCCGAAUAUGUCCUACCUCCUAUACCCGAAGCCGCCUACGUGAACAUCAAUGCUACAAUUGAAUUGCCUGAAUUGCGGGAGAUAUUUAUCAAUUCGCUCCACCAGGCAGCAUACUGCGAAGACGGAAUGCAAGUGCCUGACGCAGCAUGGGGUCCGCUGGAGCACAGACAGCUUGCGUUCGCUUGGUUUGCCACGCAGAGUGAGUACACCAUGUCCAAACUUCUCCAGAUCUACUUCGAUCUCCGAGGUGGUAAUCGUUCGUCUUUGCAUCCAAAGAGGACGCAGCCAGCUCUCAAACCUGCCCAGAGACUGACGCAGAUUGCGCUGGCGCUGGGACUACUGUACUACGUCCGCGUCUUGGGCCACGAGACGAAAAUCAACGGCAAAGACAUUCGAGACUCCUCGCCUGAGAUCCUGAGACAUUUGAGAGCUGUCAUGAACCAGAUCUUGAUUGUUGCCAGCGACGAUGAAAAACGGCAGUACCACGAGGCGCACGCGUGGCUCUACUUCCUGGGGGCUUUUGAAGAAGAACGGAAGGACGUUUCGCCCAAAUCGAUUUGGUAUCAGCACCGCCUUGCUGACCAUGUCAAUAUCUCAAGGGACAAGGGCUGGACCACUUCAAUCAGCUGGAAAGACUACCGUCGCAUUUUCCGCACAUUCCUCUAUAGCAAUUGGGCAUACCCCAGCGGAUCCACGUGGUUCGAUCGAGUCGUUGCCACGUACGAAAGGCCCAUAGAAUGA